AUUGUAUUAAGUCCCGUACGUCAUUUCCGGGUUCAGAAAAUUCGUGAGACGUGGAUGAACAGAAGAUAUAUUUGUUAUCGCUUUCUGUGUGGAUCACAGCUGUUGAAUAUUGAUUGUAGGUGUAAAAUUCCCGCGGAAAAUCUACCUGAAGGGUCCGCGCGGAUUCAAACCCAGCAGCAUUCUGCAAGCUAGCUACGGGUUGUAUUUUUUAUCGAUCUGAGACCGAAUUGACAUAAAUUUCGACUGAUUGACCUGAGUGACAAGUGUGUCGUAUGAGAAUGCUUGCAUGUUGGCAUUAAUGAUCGUGGGCGAAAAUAAAAAGCAGCCAUGGAAGAGUGAAUGGGAACGAUUGACAAAAUGAUGUGAAUUUUCCUGAGAAGUUUUGUUCAGACGUAUUUAGACAGAAUGGUCAGCAGAACUCGUCUCCAUUACUGCAAAAUAAUUCUAGCCACCUCGCUAGUGUGGUUCCUUCUGGAUGUCUUCAUACUGAUGUACUUCACGGACUGUGCCGCUAACAGUGGCAACACAAACUGUAAUGAACACAGAGAGGAGUCCAGGAGGCAUCAGGACAGCGGAGGAGGGGGGUUCCUUGGAAAACUCCUUCCCAAAGGUAUAAUACAGCGUGUGCCCACUGGACCUGGUGAGAUGGGCAAACCAGUGAGUCUGCCUGCAGACAAACAAGCAGAGGCCAAGGAAAAAUUUAAAAUCAACCAGUUCAAUCUGGUCGCCAGUGACAUGAUAUCCUUAAACCGGUCAUUACCGGAUUACAGGAUGGAUGCAUGCAAAAGGAAGGUAUACCCAUCGAAUUCCGAGCUUCCCGACACAAGUGUAGUCAUCGUAUUCCAUAACGAGGCUUGGUCCACUCUACUAAGGACAGUGCAUAGCAUUAUUAACCGAUCACCCAAGGAAUUAUUGAAUGAAAUCCUACUAGUUGAUGACGCUAGUGAAAGAGAGGAAUUAGGGAAGAAAUUAGAUAACUAUCUGGCAACUCUACCUGUGUCCGCCCGAGUCAUCAGGUCCGAGGAGAGAACAGGACUUAUCAGAGCAAGAUUAAAAGGUGCAAAAGAAGCGAAAGGAAAGGUGAUCACAUUUUUAGAUGCUCAUUGUGAAUGUACGGAGGGGUGGUUAGAACCAUUGUUGUAUGAGAUCCAUAAAGACAGAACUGCUGUGGUGUGUCCCAUAAUUGACGUGAUAGGCGACGACACGUUCGAAUACAUCACCGGCUCAGACAUGACGUGGGGAGGGUUUAACUGGAAACUCAACUUCCGCUGGUACCCCGUCCCCCAGAGGGAACUUGACAGGCGGGGAGGGGAACGGAGCAACCCCACAAAAACCCCCACUAUGGCAGGUGGUCUCUUCUCCAUAGAAAGGGACUACUUUUAUGAAGUGGGAUCCUAUGAUGAAGGAAUGGACAUUUGGGGCGGGGAGAACCUAGAAAUGUCAUUUAGGGUCUGGAUGUGUGGCGGCAAAGUUUACAUUGUCACAUGUUCCAGGGUGGGUCAUGUGUUCAGAAAAACCUCACCAUAUUCCUGGCCAGGAGGCGUGGCCCGCAUCAUCAAUCACAACACACAGCGCAUCGUAGAAGUGUGGAUGGAUGAAUACAAAGACUUCUUCUAUAAAAUCAAUCCUGGAGUCAGAAGCACCAGCUACGGAGAUAUUACAGAGAGGAAAGCGCUGAGGAAAAAUCUCAAGUGCCACAGCUUUAAGUGGUAUCUAGAAAAUGUCUACCCCGAGUCACAGAUGCCUGUAGAGUAUCAUGCACUUGGAGAGAUAAGAAAUAAAGCCACUGGGCAAUGUAUUGACAGCAUGGGGCGUAAAAGUGGAGAGAAAGUGGGGCUAGUCCAGUGUCACGGAAUGGGCGGGAACCAGAUUUUUUCGUACACAAAAAAGAAAGCUUUACAAACAGAUGAUGUUUGUCUAGAUGUGUCGUCGCUACAUGGACCCGUUAAAUUAUUCCAGUGCCAUGGAUUAGGGGGAAAUCAAAAAUGGGAGUAUGAUCGUCAGACAUUGGAGAUAAAGCAUUUAAACAGUAAACAGUGUCUCGGAGCAGCAGGGCCAAACGACAAGGACGCGCCGUCCAUCGGGCCGUGCGAUGGCAACGUUAGACAGAAGUGGGUUCUAACUGACAUGAAGUGGUAGUGAUAUAUUUGUCAGUCUUGCUUGUGCAAUAAUCAGUGAUUGACAUCCUGUUCUCAAACCAAUCUCACACACCCAAGGGUCAGAGGUUAAGACCCACCAAUCAAAUUACAGAGUCAUUCUGUGACAGAACAUGCAUAUCCAGAUUGGUGCUUGGAUUUCUAGUCACGUAAUCGUGUGUGUUAAAGUCAUUUGUUUGGAAUAGUUAACCCUGACUUGACCUAGAGCUUGCCGUUGGAGAAUUAAUGGAGUCGACGGUACAUCCUGUACGUCCUAUCAUGUUCGGAUUUCUUGUUAUGACGUGAUUAAAUCCUCCUAAUUCGUUAUAUUAUUUUGUUGAUACUUGGAUCUUUCUCUAUUAUUAUUUUGUAUAGUAUGUUUGCUGCAUUUUAAACACUGUAGAUUACUAUUAUAUUGCAAGACCUUAUUUUCACGAGGAUACAAUAAUAUAUCUAUUUGUGAGACAUAAUUUUGGGAAUUAUUAUUUAUUGCUUAAGUCUUCUAUAUGAAAGAUUUUAUUUGCAAGAACUAAAUUUUUGCAAAUGGCUUGUCCUGCAAAAUUGUGCAUAAAUAAUGUUCUUGUGAAUAACUUGUAAUUUUUACAGUAUUUGAAUAUUCUUUGUGAAUGGGUGGUUAGAAGUAGGUCAUGUUCAGAAGAGUGAUAGAUUUAUAUAUACCAUGUAUAUGUAUAAUUAGAUGAUUUAUGGACGGUGUCAUGGUGAUAUGUAUAGAUGCCUGAGGUAGAAAAGAAAUUGUCAUUAUAAUCGGAGGAUAUGUUAAUUUAUUGAGAAACAUUUACGCAGUGUAGUUGAUUCAGCAUAUCAUCUCUCCAUGCACUGCGAGACUGUGUAAAUAAGUUGUACUGUGUAUUGACGUGUAUGUUAAAAUCCAAUCAGUUGAGUGCAAAUGUUUUAUUGUCGAGUUUGAUUCCGUGUGGUAUAUAAUGUACUGGUGUGGUUUGAAAAGUAGAAUUCAUAAUGUUGGGCAGAGGUUACUGAAAAGACAGUAGAGCUUUACUGAAAAGAAAGUAGACAUUUACUGAAAAGAAAGUAGAGCUUUUGUACUUAAUGUCCAAAAUAUUUUGUGCAAGUUCUUGUUACCAACUGGAUACAAGUUCCCGAAGCCGAUUACAUGAUGUUACCAUUAUUUCUGAAGCUGUAUGAGUCUUUAAGACAGUAUUAUUUUUACAUGUAAAUGUUUUAGACUCGUUAACAAACUGCUCAUUGUUUUAUCAAUUGCCAUGUGUACUUCAUUUGAAUCGCUUCUGAUCAGAAUAUGUCUGUCUUCCGAUUUCCUGACUGUGAUUUACCUUUCACAAUUUCAUACUUUUAGACAGCUGCAUGCCACACUUAGUCCAAAUCUACAUCAAUACUGGGGAUCCUCUAUACCAGAGAUAAUAUUAAAAUAAAAAAAAAUGUAGAGCUCCGACGUGGUAAUGCAGGUUUCUUGAAUUCUCUGUAAGAAAUUUGAGGCAUAUUUUCUAAAACAGAUUAAUAUCAAAAUUAUCUUCAACUAAGCUUUUGGAAUAUAUUGGAUCAUGCAGAAUUUGACACAUUUCCUAAAUUCCGAUCAAGGAAUCCAAUUAAUAAAAGUUGGUUCCAGUCAACCUAAUCAAGAUCAGGUCUUACAGUUACUACAUAACAGAUAGAGAAGAUCUAAUUUCAAUUAGAUUGGGUUACAGUAUUUGUUUAUAUGAUCUAAAUUUCAAAAUGGCCACCAUGUUUUCCCAUAAUCUCCAAAAAUUCUGCAUUUUGUUUUGUUCAUUGUUCAGGAUGAGUGUUGUGGUCUGCGGACAUUUUUUCUUUUGGUUAAUGUAUAAAAUGUAUUUUCAAAAACAAUCCCAUCUUGACAGCAAUAUAUACAGUGUGUAGUUUAAUCACCGAUUAAUAUUUCUUAAAGUCAUGUACAUGUAAUUAGCAGAUUUGAAAAUUUAUGUUUUAGAUUUUGCAUGGUAAAUAAAUAUAUGUUGUGAAAAUUAUGAGAGAUGUUGAGAAGAUGCUUAGUUUUACAAGUUAUGUGUUCUGAGGUGUAUUGUAUGCUUGAGUGUCCAUUCAAAUUUUGAUACUAUCACGAAAUUAGAUACACAUGUAAUUUUCAGUUUCAUGUACAUAUGUAGCAUGUUCUAAUUCUUGCAAGUGUAUCAGCAUUUUGCAUCAUUUAAUAUUUACAAUUUUGGGCAGUAUAUAAUUAUUGCGUGUGAAUAAUACAAUGAUUUUAUAAACAGCAAUAUUAAACCCAUCCAGCAAUGUUCCUUUAAAGUCAUUGAUAACAAUUUGUACAGUAUUUUUUUUCUUUUUGGUUUCAGCAUUGGGAGACGUAGGCUUUAAAGAUACUGUAUGAUUUGUUGUUGUUGGUAUUGUGAAUUGAUGAAAUAUUUAUUACGUGACAUCUAACUUGCUGUUAAUUUUUUUUUGUAUUUCUAUUUUCUUAAUUGUUAAUUUUUUGCUCAGAGGACAUAAUUCUGUACUCACUGAAGCGGAAGGCAUUUUUGAACUUUGUACAAGUUGAAAACAUAAUGAUAGCAAAUAAUUCUAAUUAAAUGUUCAUCAUCUUUAAAUUUUCCAUUUACAUUGUUAAGGAAUGGACCCAUCUUCUCACAGUAUUGUGUACAUACAAGUUGAAGGGAAAACAGAUAUUUAAUACCAGGCUCGUAGGAAUGCAGGAAAAGGGGGUUACUGUCAGGAAUAUUUAUUUUUAGAAUUUUUGUAGAAAUUCAAUAAUGCCUUUAUUCCCUUUCGUUACCCCCUCUCCACUUAGAUUUUUCUUCCUACCAGCCUGAAUAGAGAUGUAUCAGAAAUAUGUCUCAACAUGACCAAAUCUUAAAUAUUAAAGAAUUAAUGCUUUUCAAAUCAGGAAAGGGGUGUGAUUUUUCUUAUCAGGUGUACAACAAGCACAAGAAUUACUCAGUUAAAUGAUUUGUAUGAUUAAUGCAUGAUUUACAAAACAAAAACAAAACAAAAAAAUCAAAAAUGAAAACAACAACACCAAAAAAAUUAACAAAAACAAAAUCGGCUUUAAUUUGUGUGGAUUUAGACAUCAAUAAAAAAGAAUCUUCGAUUAUACCAAAUUCAUGAAACAGGAAUGUGCAUAAUUUUGAGCAGUAACCAAGGUUUUGUGUCUCGCUUGAAAAAAAGGGGGCAUAACUGUUACUUUUAAUCUAUUUAUAGAAUUAUCACGUGAAUAUUUUCUGAACUUAGAUAUUGAGGCAGGGCACUGCAUCUAGUAGAUUAGGAGAAUGUGAUUAUUGUUAUAUCACCACACCUUUGUGUAGUCCUUCGAUACGCUACAUUCCACACACACUUGAGUAUCCGGAUAUAAAACUGCGGGCCAUUUAAAGUAUGUCUUUAGUUUUGAACCAUUCCAUCGUAUAUCCCAAUGCAUACUUAUUGUCAAUGAUGAAGGUUUGUACCCAUGUAAUUUAUUGAGGCAGCCCACUAAUGGGCCUCGUUAAAUGACGUCAGAGAAAAUAAUUUCUUCAGGACAAUAUUGUCUUCUAUGUAGACGGAUUUGUUUCUCAAUUUGAACGAGGGAAAGAUUUAUAUCAUUUUGAAGGUGUUUUUAUUGGAAGACUGUGUGGAAGAACUAUUACAUUGUAUGCAAAGUUUGUAGAAGAUAUUAUAAAUUAAUAGUAAUAAAAACUUCUUUAAAUUAA